AUGCCGAGGCAUAAGCCUGUAAUUCCUCGCCUUACUACCUCUCCUGUAAAAAAGUAUCACCCGUAUAAUUUAAGCAAACCCAAAAAAUAUGUGGAUCUCCUUGGUGGCCAGUCUGCACCUGAAUCCAAACCCUCAACGUCCAAAAAGAAAGGACAUGAGCGUGUUCCAACCGCUGAAGUCCCCAUUCCCCAGCCAUCGCGACGUGUCGAGAUAGCAAACGCCAGCGGCACCGUGAUGACCCAACGCUGGGGGCCUGGAAUCGCAUCUAGAGAUUGGUGGCCAGUGCCAAAUCGCCACGAUCAUGUAGGAAAUGCAAUAUCAACAGAUGCCAGCAAUGUUUCGACUCCCCCUUCAACGCCGGCUCUAAAAAAGGAAUCACCGAAAUGGGAGGCAUCACCUCAAGGUUGGCUGGAAGGUAUCGCAGAACCCGCUCUUUCAAACCCAGACUCCGCCUUGCCCCCUACACCUUCACGGUCAGCUUCCCAAAAACGGGCCAAGAGAGCAUUACAAAAUCCACAAAUGCAAGCUGCAUGGCUCCAUUGGCGCCGCGAUAUAAUACACAAUGCACUGGAAAUCUAUCUAGAAGUAGAGGCAAAGAAGGCAGGACGCAUACCCCUUGCCACCCCCAGCGAGACGUCAUUUGACAGAAACGGAAAACUACAAACACCGGCAGUAUUGCUGUGCUCUCACUGCAAUGCGUCUCCCCGGUUUCAUUCGCUCAUGACGAUCGCGUUCUCAGGCCAGGUGCCCAUCAUCCAGUCUGGCUACUUUCCGGGGUCACCUGUAAUGCCUCAAGUUGCCUUCCAUUUUGACGUCCUUUCGCUGUAUUCAGCCUUACAUGUGGACUCGUAUACCCCGGCUGCCUCCUUUCAUGCCGCUUUGUUUUCCAUGUUACAAGAGAAUGGCUACGAGUUCACCCACAACGACCCUUUUCUCCAGUCGUUUAGUGAGGCGAUCACUUGGUUCCAGGCCUUACGUGAUUUAGUAGACAUUGAAACGGAGAGAGAAUUCCUCCAUCCCUCAUCCCCUGCGGCGCCCGAUGCACCGCUAUGGCGUUCUGCGCUGGCCGAGUCCGACGGGUCCAUCCACGCCGUUCCUGCUCACAACGGAGAUCCUUUGGUCACUAUGUUAAAACCACCUUUCAUUCAUGCGACGACUCGGUAUGGAAUUGGUAUCUAA